UUAUUUUAUUUAAUUUAAUUAUUUUAGCCACCUCUUAUACCAAAACGAUAAUGAUUCAGCAGAGAUUAAAGAGAGAAAGAAAAAAAAAUUAUGCUAAGCCAAAUAUAAUCUUUGGAUGAAGAUUUUUAUUCAAUUACUAUAUUUUCUGUCCAUUCUGAUCAGCACCGCGAUCCUUGAUUCCAUUAGAAGUAUGGGUUCCAGUACAAUUGUUGGUGAUUUAGAUUUUUCCGUUCAAGAAUCUCCGAUUUUAACGUCCAAUUUACCAGUUACGAAAUUUAAUCAUGAUGAUUCUUUCGAUAUUCCUGCCAAAUCUUCCUUGAACCUGAGAUGUCAGGGCUCUAAUCCAAACUUUUGGAUUUAUCCCGAAACAACAAAUAAUUUCUUAUCCAAAUUAAUGGGUGACGAUAACGUCAUCAUUCAAGACACAAUUGUGGCCGAUACAUCCGCCGGUAAAGCUCGAUAUUUUAGCCGUCUCGAUAUCUCCAGGGCUAAGCACGUCAAUACCGGUUUAUAUCAGUGCUGCGUCAAGAGGGACAACGUGUCUAUCCCUCAAGUCUUAAAGGAGCCAGAAAAAUCUUACAAAUGUUCCAAAGCUAUUUACAUUUUCGUGAACGACCCGCUUCACCUUAUAGCUCCCAUAAAGGAGCAGAUGCCCGGCGGUAACGUAGCGUACAUAACCUUGAUAAAUAAGAAAUCCCUAUAUUUACCCUGCAAAUCGACAUUCAGUACCGCUAACGUGACACUCAAAACCAAGAGGAUGGAUUUAAAUAUUUCGGAAUUGCCCUUCGACCCCAGGAAAGGAUUUUUUAUUCAGAAUCCGGGAAUGAAGUUUAACAGCAGGUACGAGUGCGUUGUUAAUUACCGCAAUUUGACUCAAACUCGGAUAUUUCUGACACUUUACAAAGUUUUACUCAAUCUGAACUAG